GCAUGAUGUAACAAGUAGGAAGUGAAACUAGAAAUAUGGCAACGGCCUCAAACGUCAGCUCUGAAGUGUGCAGUAUUUGUACUGAAAAGUUUAGAGAUCCAAAGCUUCUGCCAUGUUUCCACACGUUCUGUCUGGAAUGUCUACAAAAGUCUGUGUCGUCAUCAUCCAAGGACGGUCAGUUCCCGUGUCCUCUGUGUCGAUAUCAAGUGACCUUACCCGAGAAGGGAGUGGCGGGCUUUCAGACUAACUUCUAUAUAGCGGCGAGGGCGGAGAAGCAAGUCCACGGUGGGGGUGAGUGCUGUGGGGUGUGUGAGCAGCAAGCGACUCACUCGUGUCGUGAGUGUGAAAUACUACUGUGUGAAUCGUGUACAAAAUGUCACCAAACUCUGCCCUCUACCAGAUUCCACAUGUUAAUAAAUUUAGGUGAAUCAGGUGCAGGCAUUCCUCUUCUGUCAAUACAGAAGUUUUGUGAAAAACACAACGAAGAAAAGUUGAGAUUUUUCUGUAUGCCGUGUGGCAAAGUGAUUUGUCGAGACUGCAAACUAACGAAUCACGAAGGUCACAAAACCAAAGAUAUUUCCGAUGUUGUCAAACAGGCUCGAACCAGUCUGACGAAAACGAAAGUAAAACUAGAAAAAUACAAGAAAGAAACUGACGAAACCUAUCAACAGAUAAAGCACACCAGCAAUGAAAUAUCAAUAAAUAUUGAACACACACAAAGAGAAUUAAAUACAUUAUCUAAGUCCCUGAUGAAGUCUCCCGAAAAUGUAAUAAAUAAACUGGCAGAUAUAGAAGAGGUAAAUAAAGAGACAUUCUCAAAAGAAUCCUGUCCAUUGAUAGAAAGACAGAGGUUUCUUCAGGGUCAGAUUGACUAUGCAGGCGCCAUCUUGGAAGAAGGACUAGAUAGUGACGUCAUCACUACAGACGACGAGAUGAAAGGAAGACUGAAAUUGAGAAGGGACAUUUGGUUGCAUUACAUUGCGACCAUGAAUUGUCAAAAAUUCCACAUAUCCGAUCUGUAG